AUGGAGUACAUGCGAUACGACAAUGGAGUGAUGCUCGUGCUCGAUUUUCUCGGCCGAGGCUGCAAGAUCGCUGCCCGUGCCGCUACGACGCCAGCCAACAAACCGAUACUUAUAUUAACCGACUCACACAGCGUCGUUCAAGCGAUCACCUCGGAAGCACCAAAACACCCAUGGAUCCAGGCGAUUAUCAAGUACGCCCCACCAAACACCGUGUACACAUGGAUUCCCGGACAUUGCGGAGUGCCAGGUAACGAGUCUGCUGAUCACCUUGCCGGAGCCUGGACAUCGGGUCCCAGACUCACCGACAAGGUACCCCUACAGGACGUCAGACGGUGGAUCAUGCGGACCAUUCGAGCGGCUUGGGAGGCCGAGUGGUUCCGCAAAAGAACUGCCUUCAUCCGCAAAGUCAAAGGGUCAACUGAACCAUGGAGCGGACUGGACAACCUGAGGGAUCAACGCGUGAUUUCUCGGCUUUGGACCGGGCACACCAAACUCUACUAUAUCUAUGGUGGCCUGUCGUUCCGCAGAAACUGCAUCAUCUGUGCGGUACCCUACACCGUAGAACACAUUCUGUGCAACUGCCCGUAG